AUGGGUAGACUUGUUGCUCUCUUGGAGGUGAAGAAGAAGGAGGAAGCUGGACUUGAAGAAACUGAUGCAAAACCGAAAUGGGUGCAACAAAAUUCAACUGUGGGUGGCUCAUCACCUUGGCUGAUGAGGAAUGUAGCGAACCCAAGGCCGAGACCAGGUGGGUGCAGGUUUAGGCCAUGGGUGUGUGAGCAGGGAAAACAUCCAGCCACAGCUCGGAUGCGAUGUUGCAGGGACCAAUGUGUUGAUGUUGCCAGUGAUGUUGCUCACUGCGGCUUGUGUGGGAUUAGAUGUCCCUUUACUCGGCAAUGCUGCAGGGGGAUCUGCACCAAUACCAACCUUAGUCCCUUUAACUGCGGUAGAUGUGGUAACAGAUGCCCUUGGAGAGUCCGAUGCCUGUAUGGGAUGUGUGGCUAUGCAGAGCCUCCACCACCACGGCCACCGCCACGACCAUUCCCUCCUCACCCGCCUCAUCCUCCUCAUCCACCUCACCCACCUCACCCUCCUUGUCCUGAGAGACCAACCCGGGCAUCACCCUCAUAG